AGCCUGUGUCCAGUCCAGACCCAGAGUGAUGAGAGACCGUUCAGUCGCUCUCCUCUGAACACACCCUACCCUCAGACGGGACACACCGGGGGAGAGGUCAUAUCAAAGCGGAAAUUAAUUCGACAUGGCACAUUUUAGCAGAGAACAGUGAUAUUCCUGCGGGCUGCGUGGAAGAAAAUACUGGAAUGACUUGUGCGCGGAGGAAAACCGUGACGUACGACGUAAAUAUUUACAUGCCCUUGCUCACAGCAGUACUGCUAGACAUCGACUAAACUCACAUUGAAACCUACAUCGUGUGUGUAUGAGAGACUGCGGAGGAACUGCGAUGUUAACACGCACUAAGAACGACUGAAAUAAAAACACAGGCGGAAAACGAAUCAUCCUUCCCUGAGAUCGUAAUAGAAUUCUGAUGACCGUGAGUCUGUCCGGACCGUGAGAGUUUCUGCAGGUUUGCGGGACUUUUGUUUAAUCUGCGGUCAUGCCGCAUGCUUCAUCAGAGCUGUUCCCUACCUCAGAGAAUCGAGGAUUGCUGAAGUUUUUUGACAGAAGAGACUAAUUAUGACCUAAUUGGGCUGAAAUACGAAUAGUUUGGAAUGAAACUGCCGCCUUAUAAAAAUUCCAAAUUAUUUUGUUAGCAAUCGUAACUUUUGUGGUUACUGAAACGUUGUUGAAAACGUAUUGAAACGUAUAAAUUCUUAUUUAAUUAAUAAUUUUUAAGACCCCCAGUUUUGCUUUAAGGGGAUUCAUGCCUUAAUUAGGGGGUUUGACACCCCUACCCCUAAACCUCCCUUAUUCACACCCUGCGAAUGAGCACUUUGUGAAAAAGAUUUUACUGAAAUGCAAUUGGAUGCAAGUUUUUAUAAUUGUAUUAUGUAAAUUCACAUUGAUCUUUAUGUAAGUAUAUUUUCUCUCUCAGGUGAAAGAUGACAGGUGUGAGGUGAGCAGAAGGACUUUUAAAAACUGUUUUCUAAUAAACUAUAGGAACGCUAAGGCUUAUUUCUUAUUUUCAUUUGUUUCUUACCAAAUGUAAUCUCAUGUAUACAGUUAAAGGACUUUUAAUAGUUAAAUGACGUGAAGUCAUUUUGAAAGUAUGCCCAGUCUGGAGGCCUUUUUCCAGGGUGAGAAUCUGUAACCAAUCAUGGGAGCGAAGCAAACUAAGACUGGAGGACAGGAGGCAGGAUCGAGCCCUCAGAGCACAGGAUGGAAACAGACCCCCACAAAAGAGCGAGGAGAUAUCCUUACUUCUUUGAUGUUGAGGUCAGGAGACAAACUGAGGAGCGGCGGGACUCCUCCUCCCUACCAGCGGCGCAUCGGGAUGAUACAAGAGAUGAUGCUGAUGGCAAAGCAGGGGAAACACGAUGAGGCGACAGAGAUGCUGAAAACUCUUCGGCAGGAUCUGGGAAUGGAGUCAACCUCUCUGGAUGAUGUUCUCUACCGCUAUGCCAGUUUCCGCAACCUGGUGGAUCCCAUUACCCAUGACCUCAUUAUCAGCCUGGCCAAAUACAUUCACUGCCCAAAGACGGAGGGAGAUGCUUUGGGUGCCAUGGAGAAGGUGUGCCGUCAGCUGACCUACCACCUGAGCCCGCACUCCCAGUGGAGACGGCAGGGGCUUCUGAAGAGGAAGCCACAAGCCUGUCUGAAAUCAGUUCUUUCAAGUCCUCCAUUCGGUGGGACAUUAGAACUGUCUGGCAUCCCUCUUGGAGUGAAAGACAUGGAGCGUCUCUGUGCCUACCUGCAUCACCACGCAUCUCGCAUAGGCAGCAUAGAGAUGGGCUUCACCGAGCUCACAGACGAUGCCUUCCUUCUGCUCCUCCCUAUGCUGGCGUCUCUUCCCCGCCUUGAGACUCUGGCCCUUAAUGGCAACAGGCUGACCCGUGCGGUGCUCAAAGAGCUCACAGACACGCUGAAGGACCCGGACAGCUUCCCCAGCGUCACCUGGAUCGACCUUGGGAACAACGUGGACAUCUUCUCCCUCCCACAACCUUUUCUGGUGAGUCUGCGAAAGCGCUGCCCCAAACAGGGCUACCUUCCCACCAUCCUGGAGUUCGGCGAGAGCCAGGCCAGCGAGCCAGAGGGCAGAGUGGAUGAAGACGAUGCAGAUGAUACAAACAGGACAGAGAGUAUGGGAGAACUCAGAUCUGAGGUAGAAGAAGAGAUUGACGGUGAGAUGGAGAUCGAAGACAUGAUGGAGGAGUUGCUGGACUUUGACAGGGAGGUGCAAGGCAAGGAGGAUGAGGACGAUAGUAUGUGGACCGUGGAGGAGCAGCGGCUGGUAAAAGAUCCAGUUGCAAAGCGGAACAAAGAGAAGAGAGUGUCCAAAACAGAGGGCAAAGAGGACUUACAAAGCCAGUCUUCCCAUCUAUCCUGCUCCAGCCAGUCACAGCACUCUUCUGGAGCCAUCGAGCCUAUAAGAGAAGACUCUGUGCCAGACCAGUUAGCAUGUUCUUCAAACAACCCUACCUGAUUGAAACCACUGUGUAAUUUGAUUCGAGUUUGGUCCCUUUAAGAAAAAGAGAAAGUGUGACAGGCUUGUUUUCAGACUGGGUUAUCCAUGAAGUCAUGCGAUUCUGCAGGGUUUAUAGGGUUGACAAUCACAGCGGUUGUCUGUUGUUGCAAAGGAGAAAUGGUUAACUUGUUAGGUAAAAAAUAUCAAAUUUACAUUCUCAUUCAGGUUUUCCCCAUCAUGAUAAAAAAU